AGCGGGCACCGGGAGCGGCCGGGGACGGAGGGGUGGGCGGAGGGACGAGCGGCACAGCGAGGUCCUGCCCUGCCCUGAGCUGCCGGCGGCGCUGCCUGCGGUCGGCGGGCACCGGCGAAGAGAGCUCGGCCGCAGGGCGGCCCGCAGGCCCGGAGCCAUGGCCGCGGACUCGGAGGUGCUGCACUUCCAGUUCGAGCAGCAGGGAGAUGCGGUGCUGCAGAAGAUGAACCUCCUGCGGGAGCAGAACCUCUUCUGCGACGUCUCCAUUUACAUCAACGACACCGAGUUCCACGGGCACAAGGUGAUCUUUGCCGCCUGCUCCACGUUCAUGAGGGAUCAGUUCCUGCUCAACCAGUCCAGGCAGGUGCGGAUCACCAUCCUGCAGAGCGCCGAGGUGGGCAGGAAGCUGCUGCUCUCCUGCUACACGGGUGCGCUGGAGGUGAAGAGGAAGGAGCUGCUGAAGUACCUGACAGCCGCCAGCUACCUCCAGAUGGUCCACAUCGUGGAGAAGUGCAGCGAGGCGCUGUCAAAAUACCUGGAAAUCGACGCUUCCAUGGAGAACAGCAGCCAGGCUGCAGAGCAGUGCCAUUCCUCUGACACCCAACUGCGGAGCAAGGACGACGUUUCAGAUAAAGACUGUGAAAUAAUUGAGAUUUAUGAAGAUAGCCCAGCGAAUUCAGAAUUCUCCGUUAAGCAGGAGCAGGGGGAUAACCUGCAGCCUGCAGCACAGAGUUUGGUCGCAGAAAGAAAGGAUGCGGGGAGCCCAGAGAUAUCAGCGGUUGAAAUAGGAUAUAAGGAUGAUGAAAUACGUAUCCUCAGGGUGGAUUCUAUGAGUGUUCCUAAUGUGGAAAACGAUCGUUUUCCUCAGCCUUGCACCUCCUCUGAAACAAACCUGUAUUUCCCAGAAACGCAGCACUCCUUGAUCAAUUCUACAGUUGAAAGCAGACAUACAGAGAUGUCAGGAAGUCACGCUCAGGCUUUUGUCGCUGACAAUCCAGAGCGGACUUCAACUCAGAUGAAUGGGUUGCAAAAUCUGGAUGAUUGUGAGAAUUUGUUGCGGAACCAAUGUCCAAAGUGUCCCAGAGGAUUUCUGCACCUUGAGAACUAUCUCAGACAUCUCAAAAUGCACAAGCUUUUCUUGUGUUUGCAGUGCGGUAAAACGUUCACACAAAAAAAGAAUCUCAACAGACACAUCCGGGGCCAUAUGGGUAUCCGGCCCUUCCAGUGCAUGGUGUGCUUGAAGACGUUCACUGCCAAAAGUACUCUACAGGAUCACCUGAACAUACACAGCGGUGACAGGCCCUACAAGUGUCAUUGCUGUGACAUGGACUUCAAACACAAAUCUGCUUUUAAAAAGCACCUCACGUCUGUGCAUGGAAGGAGCAGCAGCGAAAAGCCAAACCUGAAUACUAUUGCAAAGGUUGAAAUAGACUGUGAUUGAUGGGUGAGUGGGUGUGGAGCCUGGCUCCACAAAAAGCUUCUAGCUGGUGAAAUUCUACAUGUUCAACAGAUUCCCAUGUAAUGGAGAACAGGAAAAAUAUGUGUGUGGUGAUCAGACAGGUCCUGAGAGCAGCCAUCACACCUGUUGUUUGAGGGCUGCUGUUGCUGUAAGUCCUCAAAAAGACUUUCUAUUUCUAGUUGAAAGUAAAUGGCAAAAUACAGGAAACAGUCUCAUGCCUGUCUUCUAACAUCCCUGAAAUGUUCUAAUUACUGUCUGUUAACUAUGUGUUGCACUCCUUUGUUUCAAGGGCAGACAUUGCCAAUUUUCAAACUUCUACUGACAUUGCAAUAAGCUGAAGCCUGAGCCAUGACACUCCUGAUCUAUGAUGGCUAAGGAAAAGAGAUGUUUAUAUACACUCAGAAGUCAGUCACGCCCACCGUAUUCAUGCAUAAUUAUGGUGGAAUCAUCUCCUUCCUUACCUGAACUUUGCUGGAUAUUUCAACAGAAGAAAGGCAUGCACUCAUACUCAAAUUGCCUUUUGCAAAUAGGGAAUUGGUAAAAGAGAACAAAAAAGUAUUGCCCUGCAGGUCUUUGGGUUUUUGUUUCUUUGUUUAACUGGUGCUCUCGUUGGAAGCACUUACAUUCAGUUUUAUUAAUGAGAUCUGAAUUUUUCUAGAUCUCUCUCCAUAUUGUUUCUUCUGUCAUACCAGUGUUUAGUGCCUGUUUCAUUCCUCUGAUUAACUUAGGUUCAUUUGCUGAGCUGUAAGAUUCGUCUUUGUUUUCUUAUAAAUCUUAGAUACGUAUACUAAUGUGAAAACUUAAACUGUAUGCUAUUAUAUAAUAACACUUGCUAUGUCCAUUUUGAAAAGCAAUCCAUUAUAUCUUAAAAAGAACAACUUAGAGAUCUUACACUCCUCAUUCUGUGAUUCUGUAAAACAGUAACUGUGUGUUUGGAUAGCUGUGUUUGUACUUUAUCCAAAGUCAUUUCAGUUUCAUCGCAAGCAGUGAACCCCUGUAAUGCAGAAUCUUUAUCCUGUACUUGUUUUUGACUGGUAUAUGUUUCUUGCUCUUAAUGUGAUAUGAAUAAAGAAGUGAUUCAGUUGUUAUUA